AUGUCACGGUCUCUGCGGCACGGGAAACCGGACGCGGUCGGUACAAUAGUUAUAGAUGGUGUAUCUCUGACGAACCCAUUUGAGACGCUUAUACUGGUUAACGUCCAAGUCUUGAAACUCCUUCUGAUCCCACCAACGUUUCCCCUGCGUCUCGCAGAACUUAGCGGUCAUUCAGGCCGGUUUUGGUUUUCCGUGGCGAAUCCAUUUCUGGGUUUUUCUUCAAAGUCAGUGAGGAUUGUAAUGGAUUUGGGCGGAGAUAGGGAAAUGAACGAACAACCGAAGGAGAAGACAGCAAAAGAAUCAAAGAGAGCUUUUAUCUCUUACUUUGUUUUCCUUCUUUUGCAAUGGACAAUGUUCUCCAACGGUCAAAUUCUGUUGGUGGGUGGUCGAGAUUAUAUAAAUAAUACAGGAGCGGGAUCUAAAUUUGUAGAUUGGUCUAGGCCAAGCAGGAGUGUGAAGGCUAUCAAGGACGCUAAUGGAGAUAUAGUCUCUGCCAUCAUGGAGCUUACCACCUAA